CCCCCUCCCGCCGGUCCCGGGGCUGCAGUGGCGACAGCGGCGGUCACAGGAGCGGCGACAGCGGCAGCAGCGGAGCGUCAGCCCCGCCCGGCGCCGCCUCCCGCAUCCUGCAGCCCGCAGAGCGCAUCCCUGAGCCGCAUCCUGCAUCCCUGAGCCGCAUCCUGCAUCCCUGGGUACCACCCGCAGCCCUGGGUACCACCCUGCAGUGCUGAGCAGCAUCCCUGAGCAGCAUCCUGCAUCCCUGGGUACCACCCGGGCACCACCCUGCGUCUUUGGGCAGCAUCCUGCGUCCCUGAGCAGCAUCCUGCAUCCCUGGGUACCACCUUGGGCAGCAUCCUGCAUCCCUGGGUACCACCUUGGGCAGCAUCCUGCGUCUUUGAGCAGCAUCCUGCAUCCCUGGGUACCACCUUGGGCAUCAUCCUGCAGUGUUGAGCAGCAUCCUGCAUCCCUGGGUACCACCUUGGGCAGCAUCCUGCAUCCCUGGGUACCACCUUGGGCACCACCCUGCGUCUUUGGGCAGCAUCCUGCAUCCCUGGGUACCACCUUGGGCAGCAUCCUGCAUCCCUGAGCCGCAUCCUGCAUCCCUGGGUACCACCCUGCAGUGCUGAGCAGCAUCCCUGAGCCGCAUCCUGCACCCUCGGGCACCGCUGGGCAUCCAUCCCCGGGUCCCCCCCUGCGCCCCGGUGCCACCCGAGCCUUAGGCCGUGCCACCCCCGUGCCGUGUCCGUGUCCCCCCCGUGUGGCCGCCCCCCGAGCCCGCCAUGGCCGAGCCCAGCUCCGAGUGCAGCAUCAAGGUGCUGUGCCGGUUCCGGCCCCUCAACCAGGCCGAGAUCCUGCGGGGGGACAAGUUCCUGCCCGUCUUCCAGGGGGACGACAGCGUCGUGCUGGGGGGCAAGCCGUACGUCUUUGACCGCGUGUUCCCCCCGAACACCACUCAGGAGCAGGUGUACCACGCGUGUGCCAUGCAGAUCGUCAAGGAUGUCCUGGCCGGGUACAACGGGACCAUCUUCGCCUACGGACAAACCUCAUCGGGCAAAACCCACACCAUGGAGGGGAAGCUGCACGACCCGCAGCAGAUGGGCAUCAUCCCCCGCAUCGCCCGAGACAUCUUCAACCACAUCUACGCCAUGGACGAGAACCUGGAGUUCCACAUCAAGGUUUCCUACUUCGAAAUUUACCUGGACAAGAUCCGGGACCUGCUGGACAUGACCAAGACCAACCUGGCAGUGCACGAGGACAAGAACCGGGUCCCCUAUGUCAAGGGCUGCACCGAGCGCUUCGUGUCCAGCCCCGAGGAGAUCCUCGAUGUCAUCGACGAGGGGAAAUCCAACCGGCACGUGGCGGUCACCAACAUGAACGAGCACAGCUCCCGCAGCCACAGCAUCUUCCUGAUCCACAUCAAGCAGGAGAACGUGGAGACCGAGCAGAAACUCUGCGGGAAACUCUACCUGGUGGACCUGGCGGGCAGCGAGAAGGUGAGCAAGACGGGGGCGGAGGGAGCGGUGCUGGACGAGGCCAAAAACAUCAACAAGUCCCUUUCGGCGCUGGGCAACGUCAUCUCGGCGCUGGCCGAGGGCACGAAGGCGUACGUGCCCUAUCGCGACAGCAAAAUGACGCGGAUCCUGCAGGACUCGCUGGGCGGCAACUGCCGCACCACCAUGUUCAUCUGCUGCUCCCCGUCCAGCUACAACGACGCCGAGACCAAAUCCACGCUCAUGUUCGGCCAGAGGGCCAAGACCAUCAAGAACACGGCCUCGGUGAACCUGGAGCUGACGGCCGAGCAGUGGAAGAAGAAGUUCGAGAAGGAGAAGGAGAAGAACAAAGCGCUGAGGGAGACGCUGGCGCGGCUGGAGGCGGAGCUGAGCCGCUGGCGGAGCGGCGAGGCCGUGCCCGAGACGGAGCAGCUGAGCGAGGCCGAGGCGGGCACGGGCCCGGGCGGGGACCGGGGGGGGGUCCCCGAGGAGCCCCCCGCGAACGACAACAGCUCCUCCAUCGUCAUCCACAUCUCGGACGAGGAGCGCCACAAGUACGAGGAGGAGAUCCGCAAACUCUACAAACAGCUGGAUGACAAGGAUGACGAGAUCAACCAGCAGAGUCAGCUGAUGGAGAAGCUGAAGCAGCAGAUGUUGGACCAGGAGGAGGUGCUGGUCCUGCCCCCACCUGUGCCCCCCCAGGGUCUGACCGACCCCCCUGGGACCCCCCCCAGAACCCUGGGUGCCACCUGGACCCCUCUGGGACCCCUCUGGGACCCCUCUGGGACCCCCCCAGGGACCCUCAGGACCCCUCUGGGACCUCCACCGUGA